CGUCGAGCAGAUAAUAGCAACGGCCAUGGACCGCGUUCGAUCGGCGCUGGACGAGCUCGUUCUGCAGGCCAAGAAGAGCUUCCGGAGUCUCGCCGAGGACGACCGGUCGCCGGUCGAGAAGCUGCUCGACAUGCACCUCGACGAUGCGGCGCUCGUCGGCCCACCGACGGCCGCGCUCCACGACUUUGCCUCGCGUACCUUCAACGUCGUGGACUGCAAGCGCAUCUUGCAGCGUCUCUGGCACAUGAUCGAGACUGCGCCCGACCGCCCGCACGUCCUGCGCAAGGUGCUCGUGGUGUUGCACCACUGCGUCCUCCAUGGCAGCGACGCGUUUCUCAACGCUGCGUUAGCCAAGAAGCCGCUCUUGCGCGACCUCGCGCUCCAUUACAACCGGGACGAAAGCCAGCAGUACAGGUACAGCAAGGACGUGGACGCAGGCGCAGGCGUGCGCAAGCUCGCAGCCGACCUCUUUGACGUCCUCCACUCGCCACCGGCACUACACGACGCCCGGUCGGCCGCGCUGCAGCUACAGAAGAAGCUCUCGGCCUCUGGCAUUGGCCUCUUAUCGCCGUCGGCAUCGCCGCGGCCGAGCACCUACUUUGACACUUCGCGGCCCGCGCCGUACACGGACGACCCGUCACCGUCGUCCUGGGAGCUCGGCGGUCGAGGCCACGUUUGCCACGAUGUCAAGGACGCUGCCGAUGCGCACUGAUGACAUUGUUUCAAUCACAGACCUAAUGCACUUGCUUGG